ACUAUAAAAAGCAUGGGCUGAGCAUUCAGAGUAUUGAUUCCAGGAUUAGACACAGCAAACUAAGAUGUUGGGGCUACUUCUGGUACUUCUGCUCCCAGGUUGCCUCCCCCCUGGUGUAGCCGGCGGUGACACUGAGUCCCUUCAGCCCAGAGACCUCUGGCGGUUCAACAAGUUGAUUAAGUGCGCCAUACCAGGGAGCAUCCCACUUUUAACCUUCAACAACUACGGAUGUUACUGCGGGCUUGGUGGACAGGGGGAACCGGUGGAUGAUCUGGACAGGUGCUGUCAGACACACGACAAAUGUUAUGGCGCGGCUUCGAAAAUGGGCUGCACAUUUCUCAAGAACCCCAAAGCUGUGGGCUACAAGUUCACCUGUUCAGAAAAGACCGUCACUUGCGACAGUAAAAAUAAUAAAUGUGCGAAGUUUGUCUGUGAAUGUGAUAGCAAUGCGGCCGCUUGCUUCGCCAAAGCAUUUCCCACGUACAAUCCAAAAUACAAGGGUAUGAAGAAAUGUAAAUAGGGCCUCAACGUGUCCCUGCGUUUACGAGUCUCCUCGACUCUGUGGGGAAUACUUGCCUUACAGGUUGCAUCCUGCAGUUUGCUUCCAGCAACUCGAGGGACCAUAGAUCGAUCUCCUUAUUUGUUACAAUGAUCGUAUCUAAUGGUCAUUCUUAAUGACAUUGUCUGUGGCUCAGUUAACGAAGGUGGUGGUCGUGUAUUUUCUAUAAUCUAUUAAAAUGAUUUGAGCAUG